AUGGCCAAACAACAUGGAGGGUAUGAAAACAUUAGCUGCUUGGAGAAAGACAUUAGAAAUCAUUUAGAUAAAAGUCGUCGUUUGGCAUUAGAGUCGGGAGAAGCAACAACAAUGUUGGAGUGUUUUAUGCUUAUGCAAGAAGAAAAUCCUAGAUUUUUUUAUGCAAUUGAUUUGGAUGAUGAAGAUCGUGUAAGAAAUGUGUUUUGGAUGGAUGCAAAAGGUAGAGAUGAUUAUAAAGAAUUUGGAGAUGUGAUUUCAUUCGGUACAACAUAUAUCACAAAUAAGUACAAAACGUCAUUUGCUCCUUUUAUUGGUGUGAAUAAUCACUUUCAGUCAAGGUUACUUGGUUGCGCUUUACUUAUAGAUGAGACGUCAAAUAAUUUCACUUGGUUGAUGAAAACAAGGCUCAGAGCAAUGGGCGGGAAACCUCCAACUGCAAUAAUAACUUAUCAAGAUAGAGCAAUGAAAGUGGCGAUUAGUUAG